UGGAUGGAGCCUAGGAAGAACCCGGGUUCAUUAUCUGAACCCCAACUUGUUCCCAGAGAGCUGACUGACAAAUCACAGGAGCACGUUUAAUUUCAUCCCCCUUAAAAUCAGCAAGGGAUGGAUGAGAGCCCUGGGAUGCUCUGAAUAGCUCCUGAAACCCACUGAUCUAUGGCAGUCCACUUACUUCUGUUUCUCCUCCACUCGAUUUUUAUCCCCCAGCAGGACGAUUUCUCCUCUCAGUUCCCUCCCUUCCCUCCCUCCCUCCCUUUCUCCUCUGCUGCUCUCCAUCCUCCCUCCGCACCCCACCCCCCAGCCACCGGCUAUUUGAGCUUCAAGGAUAUGUGAUCUCUGGCUACAAGCGGGCGCGCUGGCACAUAGACGGACGCACACACGGAAGCACACACGCACACACACAACCACACAGCCCACGCGCCGCGCACACAGGGGCGCACGCACACCCAGAGGCGCGCACAGAGCCAGUGCGCUCCCUCGCCGGAGGCCAGAUGUUCUUCUCCUAAUCAAGAGCUAGCCGCCCUGGCUUUGGAGCCGGCCCGAUCUCCCGGAUCCCCCACAGAAGCCCUGGGACAGGAUGGGGCUGCCGCCACCCGGCUCCCCGGCGUCCCUGCUGCCCGCAGCCGCCCUCUGCCUCCUUUCCUGCCUCCUCUCGGCACCUCGGGGCCACGCGUGCCCUGCAGGCUGUGUGUGCGCGGACUCCCACACCGUGGACUGCCGGGCCCGAGGGCUGCCCAGCGUGCCGAGCGCCUUCCCCCUGGACGUGCGGAAGCUGCUGGUGGCUGACAACCACAUCGAGGCCAUCCCGGCCGACUUCUUCAUCUUUUACGGGGACCUGGUCUACCUGGACUUCAGGAACAACUCGCUGAGCUCGCUGCAGGAGGGCGCCUUCAGCGGCUCGGCCAAGCUCAUCUUCCUUGACCUGAGUUACAACAACCUGACCGAGCUGGGCGCCGGCACCUUCCGUUCGGCCGCCAAGCUGCUCAAGCUCAGUUUGGCCAACAACCGCCUGGCCGGUGUAGACGAGGCUGCCUUCGAGAGCCUGGAGUCGCUCCAGGUGCUGGAGCUCAACGAUAACGACCUCCGGAGCCUCAACGUGGCCGCACUGGCCGCCCUGCCCUCCUUGCGGACCCUGCGCCUGGAUGGCAACCCGUGGCUCUGUGACUGCGAGUUUGCCCAGCUCUUCUCCUGGCUCCAAGACAAUAUGUCCAAGCUGCCUAAGGGCCUCAAUGAAAUCCAGUGUUCCCUGCCCAUGGAAAACAGAAGAAUUUUCCUACAUGAGCUAUCCGAAGCCAGUUUCAGCGAGUGCAAGUUCAGCCUCUCGCUGACAGACCUCUUCAUUAUCAUCUUCUCGGGGGUGGCUGUGUCCAUCGCCGCCAUCAUCUCCAGCUUUUUCCUGGCCACGGUGGUCCAGUGCUUCCAGAGGUGUGCCCCCAACAAAGACACAGAUGAUGAAGAUGAAGAAGAGGAUGACUGAGCUGUGAAAGCCCAGCGCUUUGUGCCCAGGGACCCGAGCCAGGCACCCAUCUUAGAGAAAAGAAGGGGAAAGGGUGGCUCCUGGAAAGUGUGGUCUGCCAUCGGUGCGAGGUCGGCCAUGACCUUCCCCCUUCCUCUAGACCUUGAGGUCUCCUCCCCUGCUGGCCUGGCUGGGGGCCUUUCUUCUCAGGGCAUAGAAGACUACAGAAAGAGAGAAGCCCCAGGAAACCCAGAGGGAACCAUCCCGUUGGGGUCCAGCCUCUGAGAAAAGCCAGUCCCUGGAUUGGGUCUGAAGGAGAACAGAUUUCAAAGCAAGCUUCCUGACUGGGGCUGAGGAGCCCCAUCCAAGAAAUUAGAGGACCCGUCUGUACCCUUUGACCAGAAUGACUGCAUCCAUUCAUUUCUCAUUGACCUUGCUGGGGUAUUGGCCGUGGUGGGAUGGGAUUGAAGUACCCACCACUGAAGUGACAGCUUGGGGUUCAAGCCCAGAGCCAGACUGACUAGAACACUGUGACUCGGUAUCCUGAAGACCUGAGUUUGAAUCCUGCCUCAGACACUUACUAACCACAUGACCCAAGGCAAGUCGUCGGUUUCCCCAAGUGUCAAUUUCCUCAUCUGUCAAAUGGGGAUGAUCACAGCACCUACCUCACAGGGUUGUUGUGAGGGUCAAAUGUGUCAAGUGCUUUGCAAACCAGAAGGCACUUUUACAAAUGUUUGAGAUUAUUCUUGUUGUCGUGAUGCUCAGUAGCAGAGAACUUGCUUCAGAAUCUAGAAGACCUAGGUGCUAGUCUCGACCAGGGCCAUAGCUUUUUAGUGCCCCAGGCCAGUCUACCAAUCUUGGCUUGGUGGUGAUCUGACUGGAAGAGAAAGUUAUUUCCCAGGAGCUCACAGUAAUGAUGAAAUCACAAGUCUGGGCCCCCUAAAAGAAAUUAUUAUUGUUAUAUUUCUCAUUGGAGGCAAGAAGUAAACCUUUACAAAACCCAUUAAAAAAAAUAAGCCACAGAAGCCAGUUAAUGACUUGAGCUAAUGGGUUGGAUUCCAAAAUCUAAAAUUUCGAGGGGACGAGCAAUGAGCCCCUGAUCACAGCCAGGGAAAGUAGCCAAGGACCAGCAAUACCAACUAAUAGCUUGGGGAUGGGAAGAGGAAAUCCAAGAAGGGCCUGGAUGAAUUCAGUCAAACUCUCCCCUCAUCUAUAAAAUCAAUUUGUAGAAUCAAGGAAAUGAAGGGUGAUUCUGUGUCAUUCCCACCAGAAGAUUGUCCCUCCCUCCAAAUCAAAGUCAGGAAGGGAAUAAACACUUAUUAAGGGCUUACUGUGUGCCAGGCACUGUGUCAGGCAUUAGGGAUGAAAAUAAAAGGCAAAAGACAGUUCCUGAUCUUAAGAAAUUCACUGUCUAAUGGGGGAACCAUCACAUAAACAACUCUGUACAGACUAGAUCUAUAAAAUGGUGAUGAUCACAAAAGGGAAGACUAGUGAGCAUUAAGGGGGAUUGGGAAAGGCUUCUUGGAGGGGAUGAGAUUUCAGCUGGGGCUUCCAGGAAGCCAGGAGGCAGAAGAAGGAGGGGGGGACAUUCUAGCUAUGGAGUAUAGCCAGUGCAGAUGGAUGCAAAGAAUUCAGAGAUGGAGUGGAUUGUGGGAGGAACAGGAAAGCCACGAGGGUCACUGGAUCAGAGUCCUUGGAGUGGAAUAAUGUGUAAUGAGACUGGAAAAGUUGAGGGGGCCAGGCAUUGAAGGCUUUAAAUGCCAGAUAGCCAUUUCCUUGUGUUGUGCCCAUUUUCAACCCUAACCCUGGCCCCAUUCUUGACUAUACUCACCCCUCCUUGCUUGACAUCUUUUCCUGGAGCACCCUCAGGUUCCACAAAAUCACAUAUCCUCUUGUGGUUCAAGACCAAAACUCUAUCCCAAAACACCACCCAUGGCUGUUGGGAAGAAUGGAAGGUUCUUUGGAGAUUAGAGGCCUCAGUGGCAUUUUCUUAUUCAUGAGAUGUGAUUCCCACCUUCCAAAGAGGAUGUGAAAACCAAACUUAGUUUUUCCUAGGUUUACUAGGGAAGGAAAUUAUUUUAGUAAAGUUAUUCUGUAACAAGGGACAGUCGGUAGAACAGCCACAAAAAGCUAGGAAGGUUAUUGACCAGCUUUCAAUUGUGCCUCCUCUCAUGUUGCUCUUUCUUCAUUGGUUGUCUGUCCUUUUUUCUGUCUUCCAUCUGCAUUCUUCUCUACUCAGUUCUCUAUUAUAAAUGCUUUAUUAGUGGCCUUUAUCUUGGCAUCACAGUCAUCUCCAACCCCACCUCCAUCCCCUUUAAGGAAUAACUCUUCCUUGUGACAAAGAAAACCAAUUAAGCAAAAACCAUGCGAUAGUCAUAUAAUUUAUAGAUAGAAAGAUUCUUCUUGAUCAUCUUGACCAACAUCCUUGCUUUGGAGUUAAGGCUUAAUAAGUCACGAUGAAUCAUCUCAAUUCGUUCAGCUUAUUUAUAUUGACAGAAUUGGGACUGAAUGUGGGAGGUGGGGACAGAUACUAGUUUAUCAGAAGAAGAUCUAGAGGACCCAGUAGAUCUCAAGCUCAAUAGGUAUCAACAGUGAUAGGACAGCCAAGAAAACUAAUGUAAUCUCAAGGAAUUUACCUAUUGUGCAGAUCCAUUGAGGAGGAAAAUGUUCAUUAAUGCUUUGAGAUCCUUCAAAGAUGCAUAUAAAUAUCAAUUAGUACCAGUGUCACCUUAUCCAGGGACAGUCUCAGUAUGACUUAGUGGGUCAUCUUCAAGAUUUGCUGUAACUAAAUGAUGCAUCACCCUUUUACCAACAUGGACAUAAGCCUCUUGAACUUUUCAAGGCGGGUACUGGGAUGGCAGACAUGGAAUCCCAUCUCAGGCCUGCCUGGCAUCACCACUGGCUAGUGAUACAUUGACAAACUAAAUUUGACGACUGGCUAUUUCUAAAAAUCAUACUGGGCAGUUUUUGAAGAAACAUGUAUUUUUGUUCUCAAUUGUAAUGUAAUUAUUUUAACUGUUCAUAUACUAUUAAAGAUCAUAUUUUUA